CUCUGCAUUUCUCCGGCGACUUCCAUCUGAAAAAGCUCCACUACACGGAAAAGCAAUAAGGGGGAAGAGAGAGAGAGAGGAAGAAGAAGAAGAAGAAGAUGGGAAGUAGCUGUAGAGUCUAUGGCACUGUCUUCAUCGUUUUCCUUUUGUUCUCCACUGCUCGUUCCUUCUACCUUCCCGGUGUCGCUCCUCGCGAUUUCCAGAAGGGUGAUCCGCUUCAUGUCAAAGUGAACAAACUGUCAUCUACGAAGACUCAACUUCCAUAUGAUUACUACUACCUGAAAUACUGUAAGCCUUCCAAGAUUCUGAACAACGCUGAAAAUUUGGGGGAGGUCCUCAGAGGGGAUCGCAUUGAAAAUUCAGUUUAUACUUUUGAAAUGAUGGAGGACCAACCCUGCAAAGUUGCUUGCCGAGAAACACUUGAUGUCGAGUCUGCAAAAAAUUUCAAGGAAAAGAUUGAUGAUGAAUACCGGGUCAAUAUGAUUCUUGAUAAUCUUCCAGUAGCUGUUCUUAGACAAAGAAGAGAUGGAAGUCAGUCAACAACUUACGAGCACGGUUUCCGUGUCGGUUUCAAAGGAAGCUAUGAAGGGAGCAAAGAGGAGAAAUAUUUUAUCCAUAACCACUUGAGCUUCCGAGUUAUGUACCACAGAGAUCAAGAAUCUGAUUCUGCUCGAAUUGUUGGAUUUGAGGUUACCCCUAGCAGUAUCCUUCAUGAAUACAAAGAGUGGGAUGAAAAGAACCCUCAGUUAACGACGUGCAACAAGGAUACAAAGACUCUGAUCCAGAGCAAUACUGUUCCUGUAGAAGUUAAUGAAGGGAAAGAAGUUGUGUUUACAUAUGAUGUCACAUUUAAGGAGAGUGAAAUCAAAUGGGCUUCUCGCUGGGACACGUACCUUCUAAUGAAUGACGAUCAAAUCCAUUGGUUUUCCAUCAUAAACUCGUUGAUGAUUGUCUUAUUCCUCUCUGGCAUGGUAGCCAUGAUAAUGAUGAGAACUCUAUACAAGGAUAUCUCAAACUACAAUCAGCUGGAAACCCAAGAUGAGGCUCAGGAAGAAACCGGGUGGAAGCUUGUACAUGGAGAUGUCUUCAGGCCACCAGUCAAAUCGGGUUUGCUAUGCGUUUAUGUCGGUACAGGUGUUCAGAUAUUCGGAAUGACACUUGUGACGAUGAUAUUUGCUUUGCUCGGUUUCUUGUCUCCAUCCAACAGAGGAGGGCUUAUGACUGCAAUGGUACUCCUGUGGGUUUUCAUGGGCAUAUUUGCCGGUUACUCCUCAUCCCGUCUUCACAAGAUGUUCAAAGGUACAGAGUGGAAGAGAAUCACCUUGAAGACGGCUUUCAUGUUUCCCGGUAUCCUUUUUGCAAUCUUCUUCGUUCUGAAUGCUCUCAUCUGGGGAGAGCAGUCUUCAGGAGCCAUACCCUUUGGGACAAUGUUUGCUCUUGUCUGCCUCUGGUUCGGUAUCUCGGUCCCAUUAGUCUUUGUCGGGAGCUACCUGGGUUACAAGAAGCCAGCAAUCGAAGACCCGGUCAAGACAAACAAGAUCCCGAGACAAGUACCCGAACAGCCGUGGUACAUGAAACCCGUCUUCUCGAUACUGAUAGGAGGCAUCCUUCCGUUUGGUGCCGUAUUCAUCGAGCUAUUCUUCAUCCUCACCUCCAUAUGGCUGAACCAAUUCUACUACAUUUUCGGGUUCCUCUUCAUCGUCUUUGUUAUAUUGAUGGUAACUUGCGCAGAGAUCACGAUCGUGCUUUGUUACUUCCAGCUUUGCAGCGAAGACUACAACUGGUGGUGGAGAUCUUACCUGACGGCAGGAUCCUCGGCCGUAUACCUAUUCCUGUACUCGGUUUUCUACUUCUUCACGAAGCUGGAGAUAACGAAAUUCGUGUCGGGGAUACUCUAUUUCGGGUACAUGAUCAUCAUCUCUUAUGCUUUCUUUGUCGUGACGGGCACGGUAGGGUUCUACGCGUGCUUCUGGUUCGUCAGGAAGAUCUACUCGUCGGUGAAGAUCGAUUGAUUAGAGUCUCGAGAGAGAACAAAAACCGAAAUCGGUAAGAAAGAUGAAAUCUUUUUGAGUCAUGUGGGGUUUGUAGGCAUUCUCUUUUACUCAGUAUAAAGUUUGUAACAAGUGAAAAAAAAAGAGAAAAGGCUGUAACUUUUCUCGGUGUUUGUUCUAUGGAAAGUCUUUUGUUGAUACAAAUUAUGCCUGCUUCAAUUUCCUUUUCCGGGUUUUUGUUAUAUUUUGAUUCCA